AUGGAAGCAGCGGCGAAUAGGCUACAGAAGGAGGCAAAGGGUUAUUUGGAUUCGCUGCGAGCGAUGAUGGCAUCUCAAAUGCGCAUUGCUGAGACAAUAGAUGCAUUUUAUGGCGAUGCGGGCGCCAAAGAUGGGGUCAGUCGGAGCUACAAGCAGGCUGUCGAAGACCUUGACGCAGAAACAAUUAAGGCACUUGAUGGGCCAUACAGGACCACCGUCUUGGAGCCCAUAUCCCGCUUCUGCGCCUACUUUCCCGACAUAAACGAAUGUAUCAAAAAGCGCAACCACAAACUCCUCGACUACGACGCCAUGCGCGCUAAAGUGAAGAAGCUCGUCGAGAAGCCCGACAAGGACCCAACCAAGCUGCCCCGCGCCGAAAAGGAGGCCGAAAUGGCGAAGCAGGCCUACGAGCAGCUGAACGACCAGCUCUUCAACGAGUUGCCGCAGCUCAUUGACCUCCGUGUUCCAUACCUGGAUCCGUCGUUUGAGGCCCUUGUCAAGAUCCAGUUACGGUUCUGCGCGGAGGCGUACUCGCGUAUGGCGCAGGUGCAGCAGUAUUUGGAUUCGGAUACGAGAGAGCAGUAUGCACAGGGCCGGUUGGAUGAUCGGGUCGAGCAGGUGUUGCAGGAGAUUAGGGACUUGAGCAUUGCGGGGACGGUUUGA